AUGAAGUAUCUUGAGUCAUGUGUGAAGACAAGGUACAUUCUCAGAGGUCAAUUGGCAAAAAUUGCACCGUUGGCAAAUGUCAAUAUCCGAGUCAACAUACCUACAGCUAAAGGUUCUUCACAUGACGACUAUGUUGUUGACAAAGACUUACCAUGGUUGAAGAUUGUAAUUGUCCACAACCACUUCAUGUUGAACGAAAGUCUUACAAACCCAUUCUUUGGUAAAAGUAAGUGCAACAUUGUCAGAGCUGUAAACAUUCUUUUCGAGAAAGGUUUGUUGGAACCAAUUCCAGAUGACAAGCUGACAGAAACUUUUGUACCAAAAGACGAAACAAACUUUUCAUUGUUAGCAAGACCAAAAGUUGUUCCAGACAAAGUUCUAGUACAAAAGAAGUACACAGUUCCACAAGGAGUUGGUAUGUUCGGAUACCAACCUGAACCAGAAGAACUUCCAAUGAGGUUGCAAGAACUUCAAGAUGCUAUAAACAAACUUCCAUUGAGACAUCCAAUUGACGUCAAAUUGUAUUGGAGAGCAUCUGAGUUAGGUCAGAAGGUUUUAUAUGAAACAGGUUGCUUCGACGAUGUUUAUGAGAUAACAGGAGAAGUUUCUCAGAAGAUAAGAGACUCACUUGAAUUUCCACAAACUGGACCAAUUGGUUGCGACAAGUUCGACUCAGAUGAAAAGAUAUACUAUGUCGACCUUAACGCUGCAUACAUGAGGUUUGUCCAAUAUAUUCCGACUGGAAUUCCAAACGAAGAUGGUGAGUUCCCGGGAAGGAACUAUACAGUUGGAAAAGUCAUACAACAACUGUAUGAUAUUAGGAAAGCUUCAAACCCCAAACUUGCAAUGACACUCAAAUUGCUUAUGAAUUCGACAUGGGGAUAUUCCAUUAAGAAACCUCAAGAGAUGAAGAGUAAACAUUAU